UAUUGUCAUCACUUCUCUGUGAUUGUCUGCGGUAAACAAAUGCUUUUUCUGGGGAAUUUCGUUAAAAAUAUAUUAAAUUUAUUUAAAAAUAUUAGUAAAGAUAUAUUAAAUUAUGUUAAUAACAAAUCCUGAUUUAAUAAACAGUUGCCGGGUGUGCCGUAGCCCUAAUCAGGAUGGUGAUUAUGAAUGUUUAUAUGAAAAUAGCGGAGAACACGAGGAUGGUCUCCAGUUAAGUGAGGCUGGUUUGCUAUAUGAAAAUCUAUUGGAUAUUUCACUCACUAAGGGCGAUAUUUAUCCGCAAUUUUUGUGCAAUAGUUGUGAUUUACAAAUGAAACUUUUCAAAAAACUCAAAGACAAAGCCUACAAGACUUUGGAAUACUUACAAAAUCUAUAUGAAGAACAGUUAAACUCAAAUAAAAUUAAACCCGAACAGAAAGAUGAAGAAACGGCUCAAGACAAUGGCCAGGACCUGGUGGAAUCUACAGAGGAAUAUGGUAGCUUAGGAAAUGAAUAUGUUAAAAUAACCUGUGAAUAUCAGGACAAAACUCCUCGGCAAGAUUUUGCCUUAAAUACUGUUAGUGAGUAUGAUAAAACUUCCAUAGAAGAAUUGCAUGAAAAUAUAGAGAAUGAGUAUCCAGAAACCCAAACUAGUGAAUACCAAGAAAGUAUAAACUCUGAGUAUCCAAACAAUGAAAAUGAGUUUCAAUACCUGGAAGAGAACUAUCAGCAGCAAUCAGAAAUCGAACAGGAAAGUGCUUUAUAUCAAACAGAAGAUUUCUCUAAAACUCUAGACCAAAAAAAUGCCGAACAGAAGGCAGCUCCCCUAAACUUACAAACACUGACCGAACAAUUGAAAUUAGACAUCGAACCACCUACCAUUACCGACAUAAAAUAUCGUUUUUCUGCCGAAGAAGUAACCGAAAAUCCAAACAACUCCCAAGAAACAAUACCGCAAAUUCGUUUAGAUUUGGAGCCGAUUAUUGAUAAAUCAGAUUAUGUUACCGAAAUCUAUGAGCUGUUGGACGAUGAAAGCAAACAAGAAACAUUAAAUGAAAGCAAUUCAAAUUCUGUGGAAUAUGAUAUAUAUACAGAGGAAAAACCAGAAGAGACUAGUUCAAUAUAUAGUGAUAUAGACUAUGUAAUCGAAGAGGAAAUGUGUGAUGAUGAGGGAGAGUCAUUGGAAAAUGUGAUAGAAUUAAAAAGUACAAAUCGGGUGAAAAGAAGAAGACUGAAUAAUACUAACCGUAAGAAGAAUGUCGAUGGUGGGGGUAAGAAAAGGGAAUAUAAAUGUGUUCCCUGUCAGUUGGAAUUUAAAAAUCUACAGGAGCAUAAAAAACAUAGAAUCGAAGUACAUGACAAUAAAUAUCCCUGCAGUAUAUGUACCCGUGAACUUAAAUCCCUGCCCAGUUUACAUCAACACAUGAAAAUACACAACGAACAGCCAGCCUAUCAGUGUAACAUUUGUCAGAAAACCUUUAAUCAAAAAGCCCACUAUCUCUAUCACAUGAAUCGACACAAUAAUAUACGAAAUUUUAAAUGUACGGAAUGUGAGAAAACAUUUAUUGCUAAAACCGAUUUAAAGGUACACAUGCGCACUCACACCGGACAUCGGCCAUAUGUUUGUAAUAUCUGUGGCAAAAGUUAUUUAAUGAUGGAACACUUGAAAACACAUCUUCUAACGCAUACUGAACAAAAUUUUCAAUGUGAUAUUUGUAAUCAUAAGUUUGCCACGCAUAAGACGUUGCGUAUGCAUGUACGAACGAUACACGAAGAUGAGCCAAGAUUUAAGUGUAGUUUUUGUUCGAAACCUUUUCGUAGAAAACAUCAUUUGGAGUAUCAUUUGAAAUUGCAUCAAAAAAAUGUGAAAUUUUUAGAUAGCCAUUAUGAAAUGGUAGAUGUUGAUGAUCCCGAUGCUGUUAUCAAUACCGAUACGGAGUAUAAUGCUGAUGAUCUUGUUGAUCAAGAACUAGUAGAUGAUCCUGGUUUUAUAGCUUUAAACGAUGAUAUAUAGUGUGUAUAUUAGAUAAUAUAUAUUUUUUUAACUUGAAAAAAUUGAACGCUUAUGGUGUUUAAAAAAGCAA